CGGGCGGGGAUGGUGGUGGCGGGAGCGGGCGUUGCUGUCUCGUCGCGGGGCGAGGUCUCGGGGACUUUGCCUGCCGCCCCCCCACACUCCCUCCUCCGGCGGCGCGGAGCCCCGGCCGUCCCUCUCGGGACGCCGACAGAGCGUGCAAAGCGGGCCACGUCCACCGUGUACGGCCCUCGCGCAGUCUCCUCAGCAUUGUCCUACUAACGUGACCCCCUAAAGGGUGAGGGCUCGUGGGUGGGACAAGGGGCGAGCUGGCGCUCUGCAGGCUACCGCGGCGGCGGGGUGGCGGUGGGCACGGGGAGGGCAAGAACCUGAAAGUGCCAGUGAGCCUCCGGGUGUCGGUUUCGGGGUCGCCCGGCAUUCAGCCCCGUCUGAUCCGCUCCCACGCCCUGCUUUUCAGAGGCCGGAGUGCAGCCCGGCUGGGGCGCUUUCCCACCGCCUAGGGGCCUGGAACUGAGAAGGGGUGGGCAUGGCCAGCGUCCCCCAGCUGUUCGACGACCUGUGCGAGGCCCUCCUGCCGGCCGCGAAGGCUCACCUGGGCCAGCACGGCGUGAGCCGGAAGAGGGCAAAGCAGAGCCUCAAGAGGGUGGCCUACAAUGCUCUUUUCACGAAUCUUUUUCAAGAUGAGACUCAUAAACUGCAGGCUGAUCUCUCGAAACUCCCAGUGAAGAACAAGAUCUUCAUGCUGUCCUUCGACUUGAGAGUGGGUGGUCUCGGCCCUGAGGCUGACCGUUUGGAGGAGCUUGUGGAGGAGCUCCUGGCAGCCCCUUGCUGUCCGCUGGUGGAGGUGGGGUCUGUUUUGGACCUCCUGGUCCAGCUGGCAGGGAGUGGCCCCCCUCAGGUGCCGCAGCGCAAGCGGGACUACUUCUUUAACAACAAGCAUGUGGGGAGAAGCGUGCCCUACAGUGGCUACGACUGCUGUGACCUGAGUGUGUUUGAGAUGGACGUUCAGUCUUUGAUCUCCAGAGAGGAGUACUUAUGUCAGGACAUGAUCCAGAAGGCGCUUCAGGUGAUGGAGGCGGCCCCAGGCAGUGGCCUGCCCACCGUGGGGCUCUUCUCAUACGGGGACCCUUGGGGUGACAGGUUUGAGAGAGACACCCGGGUCUCGCUUUUCGGCGCCCUUGUGCACAGCCGCACUUACGACAUGGAUGUCCGACUGGACCUGCCCCCGAUGCCGGACAGUGCAGACCUCUCUGGAUUGGCCAUUAAGGUUCCUCAGAGUGUGGAUCAGUCCGACGAUGAAGGGUUCCAGUCAGCAUCUAAUUUGACUCCUGACUCCCAGUCUGAACCAGGCAUGACUCCGGACAUCGACCUGUGGGAUGCUGUGCUCACCUACGAGGCCAGCAAACGGAGGUGCUGGGAGCAAGUUGGAUGCCCCCCUGGCCACAGAGAGGAGCCCUACCUCACGGAGGCCGGGAGGGACACCUUCGACAGGUUCUGCCGGCUCUGCCACGGGGAGCUGCAGGUGCUGGGCGGGGGUCUGCUGCAGGCCCCACAGCCGGUCCUGGUGAAGGAGUGUGAGCUGGUGAAAGAUGCGCUGAACGUCCUGAUUGGGGUCGUGUCUACCACAUUUUCCCUCUGCCAGCCAGCUCAGACCUUCGUGGUGAGGCGGGGUGUCCACGUGUCUGGAGCCUCCCCUGAGGGCAUCAGCAGCCUCCUCUCAGAGGUGGCCGAGUGCGGGACACACUACACACGCUUGAGCCGCUUCUCUCUGCAGCCGGUGCUGGACUCCUCCUGCAGCAAGGGCCUCGUGUUCCAGGCCUUCACCAGUGGCCUGAGGAAGUACCUGCAGUAUUACCGCGCUUGCGUCCUCUCCACUCCACCCACCCUGAGCCUCCUCACCAUUGGGUUUCUCUUCAAGAAACUGGGCCGGCAGCUCAGGUACCUGGCCGAGCUCUGUGGCGUUGGCACAGCACUCCCAGGUAGCAGCGGCGGAGAACCCGAGACUGCAUUCCCCACCGGGGUGAAGCUACUGUCCUACCUGUACCAGGAGGCUCUGGAUAACUGCAGCAACGAGCACUACCCGGUGCUGCUGUCCCUGCUGAAGACCAGCUGUGAGCCCUACACGAGGUUCAUCCACGACUGGGUGUACAGUGGGGUCUUCAGAGACGUUUAUGGCGAAUUCAUGAUCCAGGUGAACCAUGAGUACCUGGGCUUCCGAGAUAAGUUUUACUGGACCCACGGCUACGUGCUCAUUUCCAAAGAGGUGGAGGCCUGCGUCCCCGUGUUCCUGAAGCACAUCGCUCACGAUGUGUACGUCUGCGGGAAGACCAUCAAUUUGUUGAAACUCUGCUGCCCCCGGCAUUACCUCUACUGGUCUGAUGUCCCUGUCCCCCGGAUCUCGGUGAUUUUCUCCCCUGAGGAGUUGAAGGAGGUCGAGAGGGACUGUGCCAUUUACGUGGGGCGGAUGGAGCGGGUGGCACGCCACAGCUCCAUCAGCAAGGAGGAGAAGGAAUUACGAAUGGAAAUUGCAAAGCAAGAAUUGAUUGUCCAGGCCCGGGAAGCAGCGUCCAGAGUCCUGCGAGCGCUCAGUGAUCGGCAGACGUCGGAGCGCAGGGCCUUGGAUGCCCGCAAGCGAGAGCAGUUUCAGAGGCUGAAGGAGCAGUUCGUGAAGGACCAGGAGCGGCGCCGGGCGGCCAGGCAGGAGGCUCUGGAUGGCGACUUCAGCUACGCGCGAGAACUCCACGACAGGGAGAGGAGGCUGAGGGCCCUGGAGGAGCAGCUGGAGAGGAAGGCGAGGCAGGCGCUAGUUGACCACUACAGCAAGCUGUCCGCAGAAGCAGCUCGUCGAGAGCAGAAGGCCCUGUGGAAACUCCAGAGGCACCGACUGGCAAGUGCACGGCUACGUCUCCUCGUCGAAGAUCAGCAGCACAUUCAGGGGAUGCUGAAGGACGUGUCCGAGGGGAAGGCCCCGGAGCCACCGGCCGUCCUCCCUGCUGCCGGCUCCCAGGCUCCGUCUCCGGGCCCCGAGCACCCCGCUGGAGGCUGCAGCCAUGAUGCUGGGUAUGCAGAGCAGCAGCACGUGGCUGCCUGGGGUGGUCCGAAUGCAGAGGAGCCGCGGCAGCUCAGGCCUCCAGCUGCAGGGGCCUGUGGCUCGGGGCCAGGAGCUGAGCCACAGCCGGGGCUGGUGGACGGGCCGGGGCCGUUCUCUGAGGGCCUCAGCAUCCAAGACUUCCUGCCCGCAGCCCGGGAGGCCGAGCCGCCUACACACACUGGCGCGGCCCCUGUCCUGGAGGAGGCGCUGCAGACCAUUGGCUCAGACCUGCCUCCCUCGGCUCCAUCUGAAGCAACGGGCCCAGGGCCUUCUGGGCCACAGGAGUAUGAUUUCAGAACGAUCCUGAGGCCAGCUAUAGCCCCCUUGGCUUCCCCAGGGUCCCAGCAGACUGUAGGAGGCAGCUUGAGGAAUGGGGGGCAGCAGCUAUGGGGGGACAGUGUCACACAGCCAGAGGACACAGGUGCCUCUGAUAGGCAGGUGGCUCUGCCUCAUCCCCAAACCCCCGCGCACACCCUCCCCCAGGAUGGGAGUAGCCAGGCCGUGGGGCAGCUCCUCCGGCAGGCGUCAGAGGGCAGCGUUCCCACAGGGGGCUGUGUUUCCGGGAUAGCCCUCUCCCGGCCACGGUGGAACGUUCACGGACACGUGUCUGACGCCAGCAUCAAGGUGGGGGAGAACGUGUGGGAUGUGGCCCCCUCCCGGCCACGGUGGAACGUCCACGGACACGUGUCUGACGCCAGCAUCAAGGUGGGGGAGAACGUGUGGGAUGUGGCCCCCUCCCGGCCACGGUGGAAUGUCCACGGACACGUGUCUCAGUCCUGCGUGGUACUGGGUGCAGUCUCUGGGGAAAGCCAGCCCAAUACACCCAGGCCCUGCCAGAGCCCUCCCAACCACGUGUCCCAGCCAGGCCUCAGCCUGGGAGCACAGAGCCCUGUCUGGGAGCAGGAGCCACGGCUGCCUGCAGAGAUGGCCUCAGACAGCUCCUGUGCUCAAGUGGCUGGCUCCAGUAGUGGGGAGGCAAGUGGCCUCCAGGCUCCGCCGUCUGCAGUGGCUGCAUCUGGGGAUCUAGGAGAUAGUAACCCCAAGGAGCCAGGACCAGAGACGAGUGGGGACACUGAGGACCUCUCUCCAAGUCGCCCUCCGCACUCUCAGGAAGGAGCAGCGGCCCCGGGCAGCCCCAGCCUGGGUGAGGGGGAGGCUGCGGCCCAGCGCUGGGGUCAGGAGCAGGCCUACCUGGCCGGUCUGGCAGAGCAGUACCGCCUGGAGCAGUACCCGGACAGCUAUGAGGCCAUGUCGGAGCCUCCUGUCGCCCACCUGCUACACCACGGGCUUCCCCGGGCCUUCGCCCUCCCGGAGGACCCCCGGGUCCGGUCAGACGCAGAUGAGACCGCGGUGCAGCUGAGCGAGCUGCUGCCCCUACCUGUGCUCAUGAAGCACUCCAUUACUGCCCCCCUCGCCGCACACGUCUCCUUGGUGAACAAGGCUGCCGUGGAUUACUUCUUCGUGGAGCUCCGCCUGGAGGCGCACUUCGAGGCGCUGCGGCACUUCCUGCUCAUGGAGGACGGGGAGUUCGCACAGUCCCUCAGCGAUCUGCUCUUCGAGAAGCUGGGGGCGGGGCAGACGCCCGGGGAGCUGCUCAACCCGCUGGUGCUCAACUCCGUGCUGAGCAAGGCCCUGCAGUACAGCCUGCACGGGGACACCCCCUACGCAGCCAACCUCUCCUUCGCGCUCAAGUUCCUGCCUGAGGCCUUUGCCCCCAACGCCCCGGACGUGCUGAGCUGCCUGGAGCUCAGGUACAAGGUCGACUGGCCCCUCAACGUCGUGGUCACCGAGGGCUGUCUGAGCAGGUACAGCGGCAUCUUCUCCUUCCUGCUGCAGCUGAAGCUGAUGACGUGGACGCUGAAGGACAUCUGCUUCCAUCUCAAGCGCGCAGCCCUGCGGAGCCACGCGGCCGGCUCCGUGCAGUUCCGCCAGCUGCAGCUGUUCAAGCACGAGAUGCAGCACUUCGUCAAGGUCACCCAGGGCUACAUCGCCAACCAGAUCCUGCACGUCAGCUGGUGCGAGUUCCGGGCCCGGCUGGCACGGGUGGGCGACCUCGAGGAGAUCCAGCGUGCGCACGCGGAGUACCUGCACAAGGCCGUCUUCAGGGGCCUGCUGACGGAGAGGGCCGCGCCCGUCAUGAACGUCAUCCACAGCGUCUUCAGCCUCGUCCUCAAGUUCCGCAGCCAGCUCAUCUCCCGGCCCUGGGUCCCGGCCGCCGGCCCCCGGGGUGCGGAGCACCCUAACUUCGCCCUCAUGCAGCAGUCCUACAGCACCUUCAAGUACUACUCCCAUUUCCUCUUUAAAGUGGUGACCAAGCUGGUGAACCGAGGCUACCAGCCCCACCUGGAGGACUUCCUGCUGCGUAUCAACUUCAACAACUACUAUCAGGACGCCUGAGGCCGCCAGCACAGGUGCCCCGACCCAGCGCCCCUUCCCCGGGCGGGCGGGCGGGCCAGGGGCAGAGCCACCACACGGAGACGGGCCAGGGAAGCUGCUGGUUUAUUUGGGGGCCGUGUCUCCCCAGUAGGCAGGAGCCACGCUGUGCCAGCUUCUCUGAGGCCUGCAAGGUGGGCCGGGGCUGCUCUGCCCGCCGCCCCCCUCCCCCCCGAGUUUGCUUCCCUCCGCUGAGCUCCUGUCCUUGCAUAAAGCGGCUUUUCUAGGGAGCGCGCUGAGCGUGGGGCUGGGCUGCUGAGUCUGUGUCAGACAGAGACGGGUCAGGUCCUGACUGGACGUCUCGGCCGUCAUGGAGAGACGGGGCCAUCAUGGAGAGACGGGGUGGGGCUGUCCACGGGGUGCACACCGCCUCAAGGACUCGGUGGGAUCCAGGGCCUCGGGGGCUCCAUGUGUGGAGACCUCCAAGGCCAUUACGAGGAUCACGUCACGCACAGUUCAGCCGCCCACAGUGGGGGCUUGCUGCUGUAGGAGAGCCCCCCACUGUCUGCCCCGCCAGCCCCCUCAGUCUCGGUGGCCUCUGGGACCUCGGUGGCCUCCCCGUCCCUGUGGUAAGGGGUUUCCAGUAGCUUCAGCACCCGCCUCACCUGGAGAAGGACAAGGAGAGGAAUUUUAGGGGCUGCCCCUUGUUCCUCGGGCCCUGUCCUGCUGCUGGACCUAGGGAUGGAGGAGAGACAGGUGUGUGCUUGCCUCUGAGAAGUCUCCGUUCUCGGCGGCCUCGAUGGCAUUUUGUGCAAUGUAGUUCCGCAGGACGUACUUGGGGUUGUUGGCGUGCAUGACACGUGUGCGCUCAGCCUGCCAGGCAUCGCUGUCGCCGACGCCCUCCCUGUCCUCCUCCAGUCGGGCCCUGGAACCAUCCAAGUUCAUCUUUCCAGCAGAUCCCGCCCCUCACCCCUCCGGCAUUGGGUUCCCUGCAUGGGGGUGGUCUGCAGCCACCUCCCAGGGAGACGGUGAUGCCAGCCGUCGGCCCCCAGACGCCUGGAGCCUCACCUGUACUCCUGGAGCCACUCAGCCCAGUGGCCCCUGUUCUUGCUCAGCAACUCCGCCGGGCUCAGCUGCUCCAGCCGCGACUGCUGCUCCACGCGUUCCAGCUCCUUCGUGAUGUUUGCCCGUGUGCCGAUGAGCGCGAAGAGCUGAGGGUUGGACUGUGCCAGCAUCAGCAUCAUCGAGAGCUGCCUGUGCAGAGGGGCAGCGUGAGGCGUGUCCCCACCCCUGGUCGUGGGCCGUGUCCUGAGGCCACCGGGCACCUGGAAGAUGGCCGUCGGGGCACGGAGGAGGUGGCAGUGGCUUUAGUGUUCUGCUGUGCUACCGCUGACUUCCCCACAAGCGGGUGACCCCGGCCUGACCGGUGAGGCGGCCCUUCACCCCUACUCUGCUGCAGCCCUUCCAGAUCGCGGGACACGCGUGCCCCGAGGAGGAGUGCUGCGGGCUGACGUGCGGGCCCCCGGGGUGGAUGGGCCACCUGUUUCCCCCCCAGGGGAGGUCACUGCUGUCCGCUGCUCCACAGUGGCCCCAAGGGGGGUCCUUCCCCACUUACAGAAGGGCCUGGGGGGGUGGCAGGGACAGCACCGACACCCCCUUCCCCAGUCCUACUAGUCUGUCCUCUGUCAGCCACUCACCACACAGCUUGCACUAAACUCUCUCAAACCAGA